AUAUAUAUAUAUAUACAUAUAUUUGUAUGCCCGCAUGUGGAUGUAUAUGUAUAGUUAUGUGUGACAGGAGUCCCAUCUUACACAUUUUUACUUUCAUGUAGAAUUAUAAGGGUUAUUAUCAAAGAGGAAAAAUCCAUGACAUCAAGGAACUGAAGGGUCUUGCUGGGUUUAUAUUUAUUACUAAUUGGGAACCUGAGUACUCACUGGAACAAUACCAAGACAUAGAUAUAUGCAUGUCCAGGAAGAUGUUUUUAACAGUGAAAGGAUUUUGGUGGAUCUAGCAUAGUGAGUAAAUCAUUCCAAGGGCAUACCCUGAAAUGAUUUACUUUAUCUCUGCACAUUCUCUUAUACGUAGCAGCCAUCAGAGUGUUUCUCCCAUGCCUGCUUCUUGAUGAUGCUGACUUGACAUUGCCUAGAACAGUUGUUCUGAGCCUGUGGCUUAUGACCCCUUGGGGAUCAAUUGACCCUUUCACAGAGUUCACGCCUACCAUAUAACACAUAUUACUGAUUAUUUUAAAAACUGAUAUACCACUCCUAUAUCAAUCUACAGAUGGGUCUGCUACAGCAAUUUAAGAGUUCCUGGUACUGUAUUAAAAAGAUGGAGAACCACUGUCUUAGAACAGUAGCACAUGGACAUCCCAUUUAAAGGCAUGUAAUUGUAAUAUUCUACCUAGAAAUGUAUUCAUGUUGAUUUUAAGUGACCAAUAUUCUUGCAAAGUGGUGGGCAUAUGACUUAGAAAAGAGGUCCACAUUGAAAGAAGAGUAAAUUGGAAACAGAUUUUAGAGGAACAAUGUAAACAUUGGAUGAUGAUGAAAGUGGCUGUAACUAGAUCUGUUAACAGUUUAUCAAUUUGAGCAAAACCCGAUAUUUGGCAGAUAGAAUCUGUGUCUAUACAUCAAGACAACAAUACGCACAUGGAAAAUAAACGUACUGUACCUGGCAGGUAAAAUAAAAUGAAACAUGACCAACAGAUCAGAUAUUGUAUUCUAGUGUGGUACCUAAUGAAACUCCACUUAAUGCUAGACAUCCAUCUUAGGGCCCCAUGAGCCAUUUGCCUCUGACUCUAGUUCUUGAAUCAUAAUUUCCCAGUAAUAACCCUGAGUAGUAGUAGAUUUUUGUAUCAAGUAUACAUAUACUUUAUAUUUGUGCCUGGUGCCUGCUGAGGUUUGAAAAUGGCCUGAGAUUGUAGUCAUUUUCCUUGCCAUAUUAAAUAUAUCAUUCCAUGCCCUCCUGUCUGAAGGAAUGUUGACAAGAUUUCAGGUAUCAAUUUUUUUUAUGCGUUUAUAUGAUUUACCAUUGUCCAUAACAGAGUUGUAUUAAUUUUAGCUUUUAAUUUUGGAAACCUUGAUGUGAAAUUUCAAUAAGACUUCCAGUUUAUAUUCCUGAGACAGAAACUUGGAGAAGAGUAAUAAGAAGAAUGAAUGCUUCUCUGGUAAAUGCUCCCCAGAGUCUGUUAACAUUCAAGGAUGUGGCUGUGGACUUCUCACAGGAGGAAUGGGAAUGUCUUGACCAUGCUCAGAGAGCAUUGUACAUGGAUGUGAUGUUGGAGAAUUAUAACAAUCUAUUUUUUGUGGAAAAUCAUUGCAUGUGUCCUAAAUAUGAGAAUGUCUUGGAUCUAGACAUACAGCAUAUUGUCCACAAGGAUGUUAAUAUUCAACAGAAGUCUUACAAAUAUCAUGAGCAUGGCAAAAUCAUUCAUGAAUACACCCAAAGUGCACUUUACCAAGCUAACUUCAGGGAUGCACGUGUUGAGUCAUCAAACCAGAACAGACAUGAAACUGGAAACACAAGAGAACCUUCCAAAUAUAAAAGCUGUAUAAAGUGUUUAAAUUUGUGUUCUCAUAUUGGUCUAAAUCAAGGAGUCCACAUAGGAAAGAAAGAACACAGUGGUACAGUGCUUAAUAAGGUUUUUGACUCUAAACAAAUACUCAGACUGAAACAAACCAAUACUGGAAAGAAACCUUUCAAAUGUAGUGAAUGUGCCAGAUGCUUCACCAAGAAAUACAAGCUUAGACAACAUCAGACAACUCAUAGAGGAGAGAAACCUUAUAAACGUAGUGAAAGUGACAAAUGCUUUUCCCAGAAAUGCAGUCAUAGCACUCAUCAGAAAAUUCAUACAGGAGAGAAACCGUACAAAUGUAGUGAAUGUGACAAAUCUUUUACUGAGAAAGGCUAUCUUAUAAUUCAUCAGCGAAGUCAUACAGGAGAGAAACCAUACAAAUGUAUUGAAUGUGACAAAUCUUUUACUCAGAAACGCUAUCUUAUAAUUCAUCAGCGAAUUCAUACAGGAGAGAAACCGUACAAAUGUAGUGAAUGUGACAAAUCUUUUACUGAGAAAGGCUAUCUUAUAAUUCAUCAGCGAAAUCAUACAGGAGAGAAACCGUACAAAUGUAUUGAAUGUCACAAAUCUUUUACUCAGAAACGCUAUCUUAUAAUUCAUCAGCGAAUUCAUACAGGAGAGAAACCUUACAAAUGUAGUAAAUGUGACAAAUGCUUUGCUCGAACCUGCAGUCGUAGCAUUCAUCAGAAAAUUCAUACAGGAGAGAAACCUUACAAAUGUAGUGAAUGUGACAAAUGCUUUACCGUCAAAACUGAUCUUAGAGUUCAUCAGAGAAUUCAUACAGGAGAGAAACCAUACAAAUGUAUUGAAUGUGACAAAUCUUUUACUCAGAAAGGCCAUCUUAUAAUUCAUCAGCGAAUUCAUACAGGAGAGAAACCUUACAAAUGUAGUGAAUGUGACAAAUGUUUUUCCCAAAAAUGUAGUCUUACUAUUCAUCAGAGAAUUCAUACAGGAGAAAAACCAUACAAAUGUAGUGAAUGUGACAAAUGCUUCAAUCACAGAGGUGAUCUUAGAGGUCAUCAGAGAAUUCAUACAGGAGAGAAACCAUACAAAUGUAUCGAAUGUGACAAAUGCUUUACUCAGAAACGCAGUCUUAGUAUUCAUCAGAGAGUUCAUACAGCAGAGAAACCUUAUAAAUGUAGUGAAUGUAAUAAUUUCUUUAGAAAUAAAUGUAGUCUUAGCACUCAUCAAAGAAUGCAUACAUUAGAGGAUAUUUACAAAUGAAGCAAAUGAGACAAACACCUCACCAAGAAAGAUCAUCUUAGAACCUGUCAAAGAAUACACACAGGAGAGAGACCAUUCAAAUGUAAAUGUUCAAGUCUUUUACUGUUAGCUCAUCUCUGACAAUAUAUCAGAGAAUAGAUACAAGAAAAAAAUCUCACAAAUGUAACACCAGGAAAGAUCUUUACCUGAAAAUAAGGUCUAACAAAAUAUCUGGAAAUUGAUAAUGGGGGUAGGGGAGGAGAUUCCACCAGAAAAUGUGGCAUGCGUUUUACCCAAGUGAAUUCUUUGCAACACGUGAGGCUGUUAUGAAUAUGAGGAACUUGUUAAAGCAUUUAAGUAAUAUUCAAAUAUUAGAAAUCACGAAGUAUUUUUGCUGGAGAAACUCUGAAAAUGUGAGGAUAAAGGAAAUUUUUCAAAUUGUUCACUAUUAAGUAUUUCAUAGUGCACACAAAGUAGAGAACCCAGAGAAUGUGGUAUUGUGUAACACUUUCGUGGAUACUGAAAUAAUCCAUUGCAAAGGAAAUCUGAUUAUACAUAGAUAAUACACGUCUAAAAAUGAAAUGACAUCCAUAGCACUCUGUAUGUUUAACUCAAAUGAAGAAACACAGACACAAACUAAGCAACCAAAAUGGGAUGUUCUGUCUAUAUGCCUAUAGAUGCACAGAUGAAUGUCAAGUAUUCAUAAUCUUUAUCAUAUGCUGGUUCCAAGUUUCAGGAUAGCAGCUGUCUUUGAGUCUCUUGGGCUUCUUCCCCAUAGUCCUGUAUAUAACUGCAAUAAAUUUCAUUGGUUGAACAA